AUGUCGACAUGUAAACCCCUCUUCCGAACGCUGCCACGGCAAUGCCAGCGCAUCAACAAUCUACCUCUCACCCAGACCCGCCACGAGUCGACAACUCGCCGCCAUAAAAAGCUCCUCCACCUCCCAGAAUCGCCGUCCUACACCUCCACCACCAGCGAACCAACUCUCAUCUUCAAUCCUCCCUCCGCCUCUCCAAACGUAUACCACACCCCCUCCAAAUUUCUCCCCAAGGACGACUCGCGGAAGAAGCUCUACGCCGCCGCCGUCAAAUACUCCACCCAAUUCGCGCACCGCACCUCGACGCCCACGACCUCAACCCCGGGUACUCCCCUCCAGACGACUGCCUUCCUUCCCCCCAAACCAUCAUCCAACCUCCCACCUCCCAUCCGCACCCCCUACGAGAAGAAGUACCACCUCACCGACGCCGACAUCGCCGAGAUCCGGAGUCUCCGCGCCCAGGACCCAGUCUACUGGACCAGAGUGCGUCUAGCGGAGAAAUUCAAGUGCAGUCAAUUCUUCGUGGGCAUGGUUGCGAAGAACCACGAGAAGUCUGAAAGGGUUGCUGAGGAGCAUCAGAGGGCCAGGGAGAGGUGGGGAACCAGGAGGCGGAUGGCUAAGGAGGAUCGGGGAAGGAGGAAGGAGCUUUGGGGACAGGACGCUUAGAGGGACUGUUCUCACGCAUAAUUUAAGGACAUGAGAGGUGAUGCGUUGGUGUGAGGGAAAUAUAAUUGAUUUGGGGGAUCAAAACGGUCGACGAAGAGAUUUUGACGAAAGACUAAGACACAGAAAAUUCUUUCGCGACACCGAGAAGUGGGAUUACGAAAUGAGAUCGAAUGGGAGAUGGGUUGUACGAUAUGUGUGUAAAAUCUUUUUACGGUAUCCAUUGGGGGAAACUCAUUUGCUACGGCCUAUCCUCCUACCAACUUGUUCGCGUACGGUUUAUACGCCAGCGUUCGUCCGCAGUAUCAGGUCGGAUCAGGAGAGAAAAAAAUGAACUGGCAAGAGCUGGCAAAAAACUGUACACAUCCUGUAACUCGGUUGUAUCAUAAAGUGCACGCAUGCAUGACUAUAUCAACAUUGAAUCGAAUGGAAUUGAUUCAUGUAUUUCAU